GCGCAACUUCUGAACAGCCCAACACCACCAUGGACGUUAAGGAGGUCGAAGUAUCCGAUCCCACGGACUGGCUGGAUACUUCACUCUCCUCCCUCUUUGCUCUAGAUUCUGCAUUGCGCUGCCAGGUUUGCAAAGAGUUCUACGAUACACCUAUGAUCACGUCUUGCUCGCAUACUUUCUGUUCUCUGUGCAUACGACGCUGUCUUUCAAGCGACGGAAAGUGUCCAACAUGCCGUAGCGAUGAUCAAAGUAGCAAGCUGAGGCGGAAUUGGGCGAUGCAGGAGUGUGUUGACGCAUUUUCUAAAUCACGGCAGACGAUGUUGGAUCUUGCCAAAAACAGUCGCCAGGUGGACGAUCACCCAAAGCGCAAAAGGCGGAAGCUCAGCAAUUUUAAUUCAAGUCCUCACGCCUCCGAGACACUUCCUGCACGGCGGACUCGAAGUUCUGCAAGGAUAGAGGGCCGAGAAAGCGUGCCUGCAUCUCAGGACGUAAUCGCGCUGGAUAGCGAGGAAGAGGAGGAUAUUUAUGUCCCUGGACACGACGAGCAAGUACCAGAGCCAAACGACGGCCUCGUUGCAUGCCCCAUGUGCAACAGACGAAUGAAGGAAGAGGCUGUGUUCGCUCAUCUCGAUCAUUGCAACGGCCAACAGGUCAAAGAGAAUACUCCGACUUACGUUCCACAUCCCCGUCAACCUGCCAGACCUUCCCAGCAGCGCGUAAAUUCCCCUGCAAAGCAUUUACCCCACCUGAACUACAGCCUUUUAAAAGACACUGCGCUGCGGAAGAAACUUCAGGAGCUUGGAAUACCGUCCUGGGGUAACAGACAGCUGCUAAUUCGGCGCCACACACAGUGGGUUGAUAUAUUCAACGCAAACUCGGAUUCGCCGAGGCCAAGGAGCAACAGAGAGUUAUUAAGAGACUUGGACGUGUGGGAGAGGACGCAGGGUGGGCACGCACCGGGCCAAGGUCAAUCGGGACCCGCUCCUGUUAUGCGGAAAGACUUUGAUGGGAACGAAUGGACAGGAAAGCACAAGAGUCAGUUCGAGGAUCUUGUGGCUCAGGCCAGAGCAAAACGAAAGACGGCACCUUCAGCUUCUGCGACAGAGAUCAACACUGUCAAGGGCGUGGAUACCAUGGAAGGCUCGACCACCAUACCGGAUUCACCCUCCCAAGUGGCAUCAGAUGGGAUUGGCAAGGCGAAUGAUGAAUUGCCACCAAAAAUCGAUACAUCUGUAUCAGCCUCAAACAUAUCGGAAGCUAUAUCUUCCUCCCCAGUUGCGUCUAUGCUACAUUCCGCAGCACAGGACGUUCGGCGGCGAACAUCGAUAUCUGGAGGGUCAACAACCGCCUCUGGCCUAAUAUCUAUGCACUCAAUUCCCAAUGUCUCAGCAACCUCUGCUUCAAUUAUGGGAAUGACACAUUCGCCGAGUGGAACUUGGAAGAGCCAGAGAGCAGACAGUGACGCAACCCGGGAACGAGAGCCAAGCAUUUCUCAAAGUGAGACUUCGCUGCCGGAAAAGUUAGGGCUGCAGGCAAAGAACCUGAAGCAGGUACCUAUGUUUGAAGUUCCAGCCAACCCAGUAAAUGAUGUGGAAGGUCUGGGAAGUGGCGAAGGUGAUGGGUGAUUGGAGCAAAGCUUCAAGACUAUCAAGAAAAAAAGAACACAUAAUCCAUGUGGGUCUUAGCGACUCGUUCUCGCCUAAGAUUGUUUGUACAUUUCUAGGCCUAUAUGUCAUGGUCACACUCUUGAUCUUGGGAGUAUUUGGCCAAAAUUUAAGCCAACUACCAGCUUCUCUCAGCUCGCUUUUUUAGUUUUUACAUCGAUCACACUGCUUGCUAAAUGCUUCAAAGCUGUUUCACUCCGCUAAAAAGAUGUACGCCAAAUUUUCCUUCCAUCAGCAAGCGUUCAAUUAUCUUGGAAGAUACCAAAGAAUAUUCGGAAUCCGUAUGAGACGCUGGCAACUUCUGUACCAUUCGCGGCCAAGAUUCGCCAGUUAACGAGUAGCCUAGGGUAGCAGACGGUUCGACAUUAUCUUGUUCAACAAUAACCGUGCUGGCACGACAGGAAUAUCUGAUAUCAUUUGCACCCAGGGCUUUGCAAUUACAUCCUAUACCAGCGUGUCGAUUCCAGCAUCGAUACGCAUGUCGACUGCUACGAAGGUUCACUGUUUGUCAAGGCUUUG